AAGAUUUUUAGUAAAAUGUCAGAUAAAUCGAGAGAAAUUUCGGGGAAAGAUGAGGAGCAAAAAAACUUGUAUAAAAAAAGCACUUUGCAAAUUCAGGGGAAUGUAGAAGAUAGUACGGAAUUAACUUCACUGCAAAGAACCGAUAAAAAGAGCGCAUUACAAAUUAACAUGAACGAUGAUGAUAAGGUGGAAAAAAAUGUAAGAAUUGUAGUACGAGAAGAAUCGGAAGAAAAAGAGGCAACUCAAGACAAUUUAAAUAAGGAGAAGAAAGUAAAAGUAGAAGAACCCAAGAAACGUGAUGAAGAAGAAAACGUGGAAAGGGAAACCAGUAGAGAAAAAGUUGAACGUGCAUCAAAAUCCAGGGCGCUGUUAAACAUAAGAUUUGAGGGUGCCACAUCCAAACGGCGGUCGUCAGAAGACGGAAAACAGGAAAGCCCUCCGCCAAAACAGCGACCGCAAGAAAAUGUGAAACAGGAAGCGAAACAGCAAGCGCAGGAACCAAAAGGGCAGAAGAAAGAAGCAAAACCUCAAGAAAACUUAAAAAAAGACAGUUCAAGUUCCUCGGAAUCCUCCAGCUCAUCUUCAUCCUCUCCCCCUAGUAACGAAUCCAAAACUUCCCGAGACAACAAGUCGAACUUGUUAAAUUUUCAGUUUUUUCAUCCUUCGGAGAGGGGACCCGAAGAUGCUUGGUUGUUGGAAGACACGUUUUUCGAUCGCAUGACUUACACGGAAUUUAUCCAGUUCUGGUUGCUUUUCGUGUUUUUGUGUAUAGCCGCGUGUUUCUCUUUCUGCGUCUUUUUCGUUGCUCCGCUCUCUAAAUUUAAUGUUGGUCGUCCUGGUAAGGAUGCUAAUUGAAAAACAUGUGUGUAUUUGUUAUAUUUUUCGAUCUGGCAACGCCGAUGUCGAAAUGAGGUUAACCUCAAAAAUAUGUUCAUUAUCGUUUUUAUAUAAUAUUAUUUCACUUGAACAAUUAAUUACGUAAAUAUUAUGUUUAGUCGAAAAGAUCAACUGCUAAGAAAAACUGGAGAAGACGGAAUAGGAAGAUACGAAUAUUUAAAGCAGCUUGUAAACGAGUUUGCAACAACAAAAUCAAUCGAUGCAAAAAGACAAACACUUGCGAAUUUAUCAAAUUUCGCUUAUGACCCAAUAAACUUCCAAUUCUUCAAACAACUUCACAUAGCCGAUUUAUUUCUGGCUCAACUUUCGGAGGACAGAGAAGACCUGAUAGAAUUUGCUCUUGCUGGCCUCUGUAACUUGUCAUCAGAUCCGGAGAAUCAGGAAUACAUCAUUUCUUUAAACGGAGUUUAUUUAAUCUCGAAACAGUUGAAUCAAAGGAAAGUUGACAGUAAACUGAACGCUUUGACUAUUUUGUAUUACAUUUUGGAAAAUCACCAGCAUUUGGUGACCACUUCUAUUUUGGAAGCAGCACGGUCUUUCAAAGACGAUUCAGAUAACCGUUUGAAGAAUUUGGGUAUCUUAUUUUUGGAGAAGUAUCAAAAUGAACUUCCGCCAGGUUGUAAAAUUUGCAUGAGGACAUUAUGUACACCUCAGCCAAAAAUCGGGACUAAAGUUACAAUUGUUAAAAAAAUUACAAGGAAAGACGUUGAGGAUUUUGUGAGAAUCAGUGGUGACAGCAAUCCAAUUCAUUUAGGAGAGACACCUGUAGUUCAUGGAGCUUUGCUCAAUUCGUUAGUGUCUGGUGUGAUUGGAACAAAAUUACCAGGACAUGGUUGUUUAGUUGUGAAACAAACUUUGAACUUUCCUAAUAAAUGUUACGUUGACGAAGAAGUCAAGAUAACUGUGGAUUUGUUGGAGUCAAGAAAAAUUUUGACUGUAGGAUUUGUUUGCGAAGUUGAAAAGGAUAACAAGGUUGUUUUAUUCGGCGAUGCGAAAGUUGUUGUAAAUAAAAACCUAUAAAUAUUUA